AUGAUUAUUAACUAUUUUAAUAAAUUAAAUAAAAUUACAUUUGAAACCAAAAGAAAGUAUAAUCUGAAUACAUAUUUAAACUUGAAAAAAUAUAUAAAAGAUGUAAUAAUAAAUUCCAUAAAACAUAAUAAUAUAAGAAUACAUCUUGUGUUUAAUAAACUUUUUCUUUUUGUAUUAUAUAUAUGUUUUUAUAGAUAUACAAAUAAUGAGAAUACGUUCUAUAAUAAUGUAUAUGUAAAGAAUAAGUUACAUAAAGUAUGGAAAUUUAAAGUAUACAGAUUAUUAGGAGAAAGUUCUGAUUAUUUUCAGGAAUAUAACAAUUAUAAUCCUGGAUCUUUAUUACAUAUUGAAACACCAUUCCAGUAUAUUCAAGAACCUACAGAACAUAUUCAUGUACACAGUUACUAUACUCAACAACAUUCUCGGGGUAUUGAAGAAACAAUAGAAUAUGAAAAAUUAUUACCCUACCAUAUUCAACAACAACCUGAAAAUUUCUAUUCUUAUUCUAAUCAUAUAGAACAACCACUAGAUAUCAUUUCAAAUUUUCAGAAUAAUUCAAACGAAUUGUAUAAUAUACAGAAUGAAUGUAAUUUAAAUUAUUAUAACUCCAUACCUAGAGAAGACAAAUGUUAUAAUAAUUUUAAUACGUCCACAAAUGAUUAUACAAAAGAUCAUAAUAAUGAACAGUCUUUACAAAACUCAACUAAAAAUGAACAAUUUUAUGAUAAAGGAAAUAUGAAUAUACAGGAAGAAUUUUACAAUGAUUUUGUAAAAUUUAAAGAUUAUCUUAUUAAUGAGAAAGAACAAUACAUUGAUGAUAUUAACUUAUCAGAAGAAGAUAAAGAAAAAUUAAAAUUAUUAUUUGAAACAUUAAAUGAAAUGAAAUUCUAUGAAAAUAAAAUAUCAGCUUUAAAUUUUAAAUAUUACUCUUACAAAAAAAAGUUAAAGAAAAAAAAAAGAAAAAAAAGUUUUGUCAAAAUGGCAUUAACACCAAUAUUUGUACUCUUAUCCAUGUUUACUUUGAAUAAAAUUGCCCCUGAAGUAUUCAGUACUGCAUUUGUUUGGUUAUAUAAAUUUUAA